CACACCUUACUCACACGCUCUCUCUGAGUGAGAGCUCAGAAACGAUUUCUUACAAGUGUUCAGAGAGAGAAAGAGAAAGAGAGAGAGAAUAAGAAGGGGAGAAAGGAGGAAGAGUGAGAGUCAGAGUGAGAGAGAGGAGAAAGGAGGAACAGCAAGCAAGAGAUGGAAAGCAGGAGGAGGAAUAAGAAUUGUAUCCUCUAAAGAGUCAGAGAGAAGAGACGGACUUUGGGAGGAAGCUGCAGCGGAAACAAACCACAAGGAACUCAGGUAUCUACAGCACUGAGCUGCAGCAGCGGCCGUCGACAGCUGUUGUGUACCAGUGUGUCCGUGCCCUCCAGCUGCGAUCGUGUCCCCUCCCUGCUGAGUGUUUCUGAACGUGCUACCCUUGACCUGACUGAAGUUUCGCCAUGUUGUGGACUCUUCUGUUGGCGCUGAUCCUGUUGCUGGUGCUCCAGGCCCAACUAUGUGUGUGCUUGCGUGAGCUAAGAUCUGCGACCUUGAUGACCUCGGUGACUUCUGUGACCUCUGAGACUCCGGCUCAGGCCCAGAAUGCCACAGCCUUGCGCCGCAUGCCAGGAGCCAUCAUCAUCGGGGUCCGGAAGGGCGGCACCAGGGCCUUGCUGGAAAUGCUCAACCUUCACCCAGACGUUGAGGUAGCCAAGGCUGAGGUCCACUACUUCAACUUGGACGAAAACUUUCGCAAGGGUUUGGACUGGUACCGCGCCCAGAUGCCCCUCACCCUGCCUGGGCAAGUGACUGUGGAAAAAACACCUGGCUACUUCACAGCACCUUUGGCUCCGGGCAGGAUGUGGUCAGCAAACCCUGCCGUAAAGCUUCUUCUAAUCGUCCGUGAUCCAGCUGAGAGACUCGUGUCAGACUACACACAAGUUCUCCACAACCGGCUUCAGCAGAACAAGCCCUACCAGCCUCUAGAGGAGCUGCUCUUGCGCCAGGGGCGAAUCAACCCCAGCUACAAGGCCCUCCAGAGGAGCCUCUAUCACCAACACAUGGCCAGGUGGCUGGAGCUGUUCCCCAGGGAGCAGAUCCACAUCGUGGAUGGAGAGGCGCUGAUCAGGGACCCGUUCCCUGAGCUACAGAAAGCUGAGAAGUUCUUAGAACUUCCUCCACAGAUAACGCCGGACAACUUCUACUUCAACACCACCAAAGGGUUUUACUGCCUGCUUUCUGAAGGACAUGAUAAGUGCCUUGAUGAUUCCAAAGGGAGGCCACAUGCACCCCUCAGUAACAAAGCAUUCCAAAAACUCUGCCGAUACCUCUGGGUGCCCAAUCAGAUUUUCUUCAGGAUGGUGGGGCAGACUUUCAAGUGGUGCUGAUGAAAGGUGAUGUGUGAACUGCAGACAAGAUUUUAGAACUGCAGAUAAGAAGAUUCCAUCAGCUCAAAGCUCCAUACACUAGUUGCUAUCUGGCAAAAUAGGCUACUAGUUUGUGUUCCAUUCCAAGCUUUAAAAGUCCAACAGCUGACAAGGAAAAACUGUGAGAGCACAAACGAGGACAUCAGACUGCACCACUGGUUCCUCCUGGUGUUGGUUGUGCAUAACUGCAAUAGACUGAUAAGUAAAUUCAGAUGUGUGAACUGACUGUACGUUUAAAAACGUAAAUCUUCUGAAGACUGGAAGCCUUCAAUUUGCAAAGUAUGUAAAACAAGUACAUAUGCAAGCCUUCACUUUGCAAAAGUUGUAAAAAUAUAUAAAUCUCUUCAGUAAUUGUUGAGGAUAAAGGGAAAUUCCAUCAAUUUUUCAAAAUUUAUGUACAAUUCACUCGCUGAGAUGUAAAUGAAAUCAUUCAGGCUGGUUUGAAGUGAAAUAGUCGACUGUAGAGAAACGUCACCUACUCAGAUUUUCUUUACAGUGGUGGUGAUAGGAACCAGGGGUCAUGAUGUCUACAACACCAGUUAUUUGCUACAUGUCUUCUGUGUUUUGAUUUGUUAUGUUAAUGAUGAUAAAAUAGUGGUAAAAAAGAUAUUUUGCCUUACAAUGCCUGGCAUGCACCUCUCUACCAUGAAUGUAUUUAAAAAAUACAUUUUAAACCAAAACUUUAUCUUAAAACUGUUAUCAAACAACGUAUCAGGCAAUAGCCCAUGUAUAUAAACAUUUAAUGCAAUAAGUUCAUACAGGAGCUUUACAAAGUAUGUCUGAUCC